CGGCGGCGGCGGAGGAGGCGGCCUCGGCUGCCCCGGUGGGGAACGGCAGUCCUCGGCAGGGCGGGAGGCUGUGUGGCGGUGGUCGCCAUGUUGGUGUGCGACGGGUGCGGGCGGGCGCUGCCCUGCGAGGCGGCGCGGCGGCACCCCCGCUGCCCGCCCUGCCAGGGGCUCCGGCGGCACGCGGCGGCGGCCCGGCCUGAGGCGGCGGGGAAGGAGCCGGGAGCGCACGGGUGGAGGCUGCUGGGCGCCCCCGGUGCGGACACUGGAAAUGGUGAACAGCUAUACGAAUGUCCCAUAUGCAGUCUUACCUGUACAAACCUUCAGUUUCUUGAAGAACACGUGGAUUUACACCUAGAGGAACAUAGCUUUUCAGAAGGUGGAAACAUGAGAGAUCUAGAACUGGCUCAACAGCUCCAAAAUGAAGAAGAUAAACAGCAGAGACUGGAAGAAGAGAGGCGAGAGAAGGAAGAAUUUAAAAAGCUACAGAGACAGUAUGGCUUGGAUAGUUCUGGAGGCUACAAGCAGCAAUUCCUAAAGAACAUGGAAAGGGAGGUUGAUAGAGGAAGGAUGCAGCCUUUCGAAUAUCACAAGAGAAAAGCUGACAUGAUGGAAAGUUUGGCUGUUGGUAUAGAUGAUGGGAAAACAAAAACCUCGGGAGUAAUUGAAGCAUUGUGCAAGUACUAUCAGAACGAAAACAAAGAUGUGAGACGUGUUUGGCUUUCAGCAGGAGUAGAUCACUUCCACUCAUCUUUGGGUGACAAAGGCUGGGGUUGUGGUUACAGGAAUUUCCAAAUGCUCCUUUCCUCACUGCUGCAAAACAGCUUGUAUAAUGACUGCUUGAGAGACACUGCGCUAAUUCCUAGUAUACCGAAGAUUCAGUCCAUGAUUGAAGAUGCCUGGAAAGAAGGCUUUGAUCCUCAUGGGGCAUCUCACUUCAACAACCGAUUACGUGGUUCCAAGGCAUGGAUAGGAGCAUGUGAAAUUUAUUCACUGUUAACCAGUCUCAGGAUAAAGUGUCAAAUUAUUGACUUUCACAAACCGACUGGUCCCAUGGGUACACACCCUCGUUUGUUUGAGUGGGUUUUGCGUUACUAUUCUACAGAUAAUGAAGGUGGUACAAAGGUAGUGUGUACUUCCAGACCGCCUAUCUACUUGCAGCAUCAAGGUCACAGUCGUACUGUUGUUGGAAUAGAAGAGAAGAAAAAUAAAACCUUAUGUUUACUACUGUUUGACCCGGGAUGUCCUUCUCAGGAAAUGCAGAAACUCUUGAAACAAAGCACAGAUGGUACUGGUCUCAAACUACUUCGGAGAUUUGUGGGUGGCUUAAAAGAAAAGCAGUACCAGAUAGUUGCUGUAGAUGGCAUCCUCACAUUGGAAGAGAAAACCGCUCGCUGCCAUGCUUCUUGGGUCUUAACAGCAGAGAAGAUUCCUUAAAGGAUGCCUUUACUAUCUCCUUCUGGAAUCUGUUGGGUGUGAAACAUUAAACGGAUGGACUGUGACCCUAACUUAACAUUUUCUAGACUUAAAUUAUGCCUUGAACUAAGUUUCAGGGGCCCUGGAAAAGCACAACACUGGCGUUAACCUGUAGUUUUGAUCUUCAGUCAAAACACUUCUGUCCAGAUGAAUCUGUAACUCUUCAGUUUUAGUUCUUACCUUAGUAGAAAAUUGGGUAUUUUCUUAGUUGCUUAAAUUGCAAAUUAAUACUCACUUUCCUGAGCCAAACUAUUUACCAGAGUUAACUGUCAAUAAGUAGUGGGUAAACAUACUGUGAAACUACUUUUUUUUGGAGUGCCUGUUGAAAUUUACCUCUGUAAAUGUAUUUAUACCACCUCUAUGGCUAAUGCUCCAUCUCUUAUAAAAUUUGAUCAAAUAUCACAUCUUCUGCAACUUCUCCUGCAACUACUUGCAAAGUACAGAGACAGUUCAGUGAUUUCACAUGGCAUGGUUUGUUCCACCAGGGAUUAAUUUGCUACUGCACUUCUUUUUAAUUAGCUGGCUUCUCUACAUGCGCCACCUGUAAACACAAAUGUGCUUAUGAGGUGGGUCAGUGUUAGUGUGGGGCAUGAGAUCAAAGACAGUGGUGUCCAAAGGGUGGUGUGUGUGUUCUAGGGGUGUGCGCAAGACAAACCGUGGGGCCGUGGAAAGAAAAUAUUUUUUGUACUAUGAAUAAAUGAAAUAUUUAUUUUUAAAAAA